CAAGUGUUGAAAAUAGCGCCCAAAUAUCAAAAAUUCAAGUGCCAAGUGUAGAGCCAAAGACAAUCACAAAGCCAAAAUAGAGUGCAAAUUUAAACAAACUGGCCAUAGAUCUACAGCAAAAAUUUAUACAUAUAUUUAAACUUAGUGACAGCAACUAACGAAUUUCGUCGAAAAGUGCAAAGCCAAUCAAAAAAAAGAACAACAGGUGUGCUGGCUAUGCUAAAGAACAGCAGCUAAUUAACUUUAAAUUUUUGCUAUACAUGUGUACAUAGUGUCUGCGUGUCUGUGUGUGUCUGUGUGCGUGUGCGUGUGCAUAUAUGUGUGUUAACAGUUGGCAGCGUCUAAGCAAAACAGAAGAUGGUUGAAGAGUUUCUACAGAAAUUGCCCGAGAUCGACACACGCUACGAGGAUAUUGUGCCCAUGGAACAAGUGAGCUCAAUGGUAUCCAAUGGCGGCGGCAGCGUUACUAUGCAACGCGAUGAUGAAUACCGCAAUCGCAUCAUGAAAAGUAAGUUGCAUAGCCUCACAAUAUCUGAUCGCACGGAUAGUCUUUGGCAGUCAACUGCCGCCAGCAUGCACCAGGCUGCUGCUCAGCAGCAACGACAUGCACCCGCACGCAGCAACUUGCCACAGCAACGCUUCAACAAUCAGCAACAACAACAACAACAACGCUACAACAAAAUGCUGAGCAGCAGCCACAGCAGCCCGCGCGAGAUUAGCGCCUCACCCAGACGCGUAGCACUCGAUACAACGGUAUCUGGUUCAACUAGUGGCUUUGGCUUUAGUCGAGCGGACGAGGAAAUCAGCGACAAGGCAUCUACUUGUGGAAAAUUGCUAAUAUUUCUAUCCGUGGCACUUGUGAUACUAACGCUGCCGUUCAGUCUCUUCGUUUGCUUCAAGGUGGUGCAGGAGUACGAGCGUGCGGUUAUCUUUCGCCUGGGCCGGCUCAUGCAGGGCGGCGCCAAAGGCCCAGGCAUCUUCUUCAUCUUGCCCUGCAUCGACUCGUAUGCACGUGUCGAUCUACGUACGCGCACCUAUGACGUGCCACCGCAGGAGGUUCUGACAAAGGAUAGCGUUACGGUUUCGGUGGAUGCAGUGGUUUACUAUCGCGUAUCAAAUGCGACCGUCUCUAUAGCGAACGUGGAGAAUGCACACCAUUCGACCAGACUACUGGCACAGACUACUCUACGAAACACAAUGGGAACUCGGCAUUUGCAUGAGAUACUCAGCGAGCGUAUGACGAUUUCCGGCACCAUGCAGGUACAGCUAGACGAAGCCACCGAUGCCUGGGGCAUCAAAGUUGAGCGUGUUGAAAUCAAGGAUGUGCGCCUGCCCGUGCAAUUGCAACGCGCCAUGGCUGCCGAGGCAGAGGCGGCACGUGAGGCACGCGCCAAAGUCAUUGCCGCCGAGGGCGAGCAGAAGGCGUCCCGAGCAUUGCGCGAAGCAUCCGAGGUGAUUGGCGGUUCACCGGCCGCACUGCAGUUGCGCUAUUUGCAGACACUCAAUACCAUAUCGGCGGAGAAGAAUUCAACAAUCGUAUUUCCGCUGCCCAUCGACUUGAUAACAUAUUUCCUGAAGACAUCGGAAGCCACAUCCCAGCAGAAUGCUGCAGCAGCAGCAGCAGCACAGCAGCAACAUCAAAUGCAAAUGCAACAAUAUCAACAACAAGAACCAAUACAAUUGCCCCCAGCCAUACAAGCCAUACAACAGCAUCCACCACAACAACAACAACAGCAGCAGCAGCAGCAACAACAGCAGCAGCAACAACAACAGCCGCAGCAGCAACAGCAACAGCAACCAAAUUAUGCACAGCCACAACAAAUAUCUUCAGCUAUGUAAGAAGGCUUGAGAAAUUGCGGCAUUGCACUGCUGGCACACACUGCCAUGUUAAUUAACAUAGCCUUAACAGUGCAUUAGCAGCAGCAAUGUGCAGCGUUUCAACAACUAUAGAAAAUUCUAUACAAUUAGUUCUAGACACACACAAGUGCAUUUUGUACGUUAAUAGCAGCAGACUUAGUGUAUAGUUUGUUAUUGGAAUUCAAUAUAUAUAUAUAUAAUCUAUAAUACAAG